UCAAAUACACCUUCACAUCAAAGAAUGUUUACAAAUGGCGGGUGCACAGCAAACGUAUCCUAAAUGGCUUUUACAAUGCAAACAACAUAUUACAGAUUCAAAGGAAUGGGAUGGUUUUCUGAAGGAGUUACAUGAUGCUAUUCAGCAGCAGUUAACACAAAGCCAUGUACAGUACUUCAGUGAUUUGUCAGAACCUGAAAAAGAACUGUUUAUGGAAAGAGCAACACAGGCUAUCAAGGGAGGAACAGUUUAUAAUGGCUUAUGCAAGAAAGUUUCUGUAAUAACUGACCAAAGUUUAAAUGAAGAUGUCUCUAGACAGCUGUUGGAAGAAUCUCCAAUGGACACUAAAACUGACUUAGUAAUAGAGAGCGCUGAGGAAGGGGCAUUAAGUCUACUGAAGAAAUGGCCAGAUAUGAAAAACAAACUUUAUAUUUGUCUAAAUCAACCCCUGCCAUUACAUAUACGACAAUUAACAUGGAGGCUAUACUUAUCUAAUACAAAAGUUCGAAAGCAGUAUAUUGAUCAGUUGAAUACCAACCCUAGGGCAGCUAUAUCUAUGUAUGAUUAUGAUAUAUCACAAAAAUGUGAAACACUACUGAAUUCAGAACAUACAUUCAAUGACCUUAAAGGGUCAGUUGGUAUUUUUUAUGGUAUGAAAGCCACACUGUCCUAUUACCAUUCUAUUCUAAAAACCAAAAACAGACUCAGAGAUGUAGAACACCUUUUAGCAGUACCAUUUAUGGAUGUAGCUUCUACUAAUAUAUCAAGACGAGAACCACCACCAGGAAGAGUUGUUGCCCUUAUUGUUGAAGAAUUCAUGACAUUUUUAGGAAGUCGACCAGGAUUUGUUGUAGAUUCAGGGUCAGAUGACCAUAAUGAUGAGGUUAUUGCCUUUAUAGACAAGGUGGCUAAACUUCUACAGAGACGGCACCCUGAAGUAUCGAGAAUGAUUACAGAAAAGUUUGUACCUGUCAAAGAAAAAAUAGUUGCCACAGAAACAGGAAGUUAUGCUUUGUUAACAGAAGGAUUGAUGACCCUGAUACGACCUAUGAUUAGGAGUGUGUUUGUCACCUAUCUUAAGAUGGACACUUUAUUAUAUAUAUGGGACCAGUACAUGAUUGGAGUAGAUACACCGGGAUUCAAUAAUGAAUGGCUGGCCAUAGUAACAGUAACAUUGCUAGGAUUAAUUAAAGAAAAAUUAAAAGAAGCUACAUCACCAGCACACAUGGAGAAAAUAUUGAAAGCAGAGAGUUGUAAGCUAACAGUACCACAGUUUCAGUAUGAAAUAAAGCUACAUUAUUACAAAGAACUGUUUUCUUUAUUGACCAAAGACCAGAAAGCUGCAAUGCCUAUUUUAGAUCCAACUCAAGCACAACAUCCUCCCUGGAGACAUUGGUACAAUGAUGUGAUACCACCUCAUACUAAACCUCAGGAUAGGAGGAAGGCUAGAGAGGAAAGAGAGGCUGAAAGGGAUAGACAAAUGCAACAGCAAAAAGAUGUUGAAACUGCUAGAAAAGAACAAGAUCAACGGGAAAGAAGCUUUAAAACCCCAUCAGUUGCGAGAAGUGCUAAAAUUCCUAGCACAGACUUGGGUAGUGAAAAACUAUCCUCUGUAGUGAAAAGUACAAAACCAGAUGAAGAGGAAACGUUUCUCAAGAUGGCUGCUACUGACAGACAGAGAGUGGAGGAAGAAAGAAUAGCAUUACAAGAUCAGUUAGACGAGGAAAGAAGGAGAAGAAUUGAAGCUGAAAAACGAGCCCAGGCUGAAAUAGAUCAACUCAAACUAGAGCUGGCUGCAAUGAAACAUACUAAACCACCAUCAAGAGCUCCUUCAACAUACAGCAUGUCAUCAAAUAUUAGUCGUUUGAUGGUAGCUCCACCACCCAGCAGAGCUUCAAAAAUAACAAUAGAACCCCUUGUUGUGCUGCCACCUGUUGAGGAAGCAAGGACACCAACUCCAGCACAAACACCUACAGAACAAAGAAAUAAGAUCGUCAUAGACUUCCUUAGACGGGCAAAGCAUGGGCUGGAUAAAGUUGCCCAUGCAGAGGGUAAUGAUAAGUCAGAUUUAGACAGAGAAACUGAAGGAUACCUUAGACAAAAUGUUAGAGACAUCAAAAAUGCACAGAAAGAAGUAUUUGGAAAGACAUUGGAUCCUGGAGAGUUUGACAAGAUGGCACCAAAGAAACAACAAGAUACCAGUGAAAAGAUGAUCAAAUUGAUGCAGAAAUGGAGAGAAGAAAGAAGGGCAAAAGAGCUGUCUAAAAAAAGAUAGAAAAAUGAAAAGUCGACAUGGAAACUUAUGGUGCACUAAAGACUUAUUUUGUUUGAAGACAACCAGAUUUAAUAUUGUGGAUUAUUAACUAGUGAAAUAUUUGUGAUUUUGUAAUUGAUAUGAUUAAAUCAGAAUUAUUUUUCUAUGUUUAUACAAAUAGAAAGACAGGGUUAAAAUAUCAUCAAAAAUCUUCUGUAUUUAAAAAUUUGAUAGUACUUGUAUGCAUCAAUCUCUGAGAUUGCAUGAUUGAAAGCCACAUUUUUGUCUGUUUGUUCAACACUGAGACUGAUAAGAACAUAUUGUAUUUCAGAAUUAACAGCAUACAACAUUACGAUUUUUUAUUUUUUUUAAAUAAUGAAAAUGAAAUCUUCUGAAAACUUGACUUAUGAUACUGCUUGUUUAAGCAAGAAAAUUAGUUGAUACUGUUUGUCCAGAACAAUCUCAUAUUUAUAACUGUAAAUUAUGGUCAAGGUUUGUCCUUAUAUGAUUUUGAAAAUGUAGAAAGUUUUUAAAUGUUUCUGUUAAUGGAAAUUCUCACAGGCACUUGUCUCAGAAAAAAAAAUUCCUAUAUACCUUAAUAUAACACUGUGUGCCUGUGGAAAUUCUGUGCAAAUCUGUAAUUAUUAUGUCAUAUCAUUUUUUUUUUAAUAUCCUGAUUGUUAAUUCAUAAAAUCAAAAUUAGAAAAUUCAAGUCGAAUUUUCAAAAACUCCUGUUUGAGAUGCUUUGUAAUAGGAACUAUGUUUGCC